GUUUAACCAAGUAUAAAACGAAACUAAGCGGUUAAAGAAUAUAUGUAAAUCAGUUAAUUAGUCAGUUGGUGAUUACUGUUCAAUAAUCAAUUAAUUGCUGUUCUGUUUAUAGUCAACCAAGCAUAUAUUUGGUUGGCCCCUUUUUUCUAAAAACCGUGUAAAUUACAUUCGCUCAAUAGAAUUUCUCGCCUCAAUUAUUAAGUGCCCCUUUUCAUUUUUUUGUUUAACCGUGCAAAAAAAUUAAGAACAAUCAUCGAAAAAAACAAUAAAAAGAUAUUUCCUUAGAAAAGAAUCAAAUUGGAAGAAUUGAAUACCAUCGUCAUCUUUUAUUUUCUGCGAUCCUUUGUUUCGAGAACAAAAAAUAUUAGGGACUACUUUUUCGAUUCCUAUAAAUUAAUACUUUCUUUAUUUUGCUCAAUUCCCUGCUCAAUUAUUUUAUUAUUGUAUGCCAAAUAUUUGAAAUAGAGGAAAAAAUAUCGAUACAGAGCUACCACCAAUAGAAAUCUUUUUUGAGGGGAACAUUCAAGAGUGCUUCCUCUCAUUUCAGUCUUUUAUUGAUUCCGCUCCCAUUAAAUAUCAAUUCACAGACACUUUUUACUUCCCAUGCUCGCUUCCUAUUGGCUAAUCCCCUUCGCAAAUAACAUCGGAGCAAGUGCCUACAAAUUCAAAAAACUAUUUCUCACCUCAUCCAAACAUAAAUCUACUUCACUCUUAGAAAAAAGAUCCCAAAAUUAUUGCAAAAUUGAAUUAUUCGUUUCGCUUUGAAAUUUAAUUUCCAGUUUUCUUUUAUCUAACUGAAAAAUCUUGUCAUUUUUCUCAAUUUUUGAUUUUCCCGAUAAAUUGCUUUUCACAUCUGGUCAGUAGUUAAUCAAAAGCAAUAACUAAACGUUUAAUCCCAAUUCUAAACGCAGACAUUAUUGCUUCAAGCUAUUUGAGUAUAAAGCUUGAAAAAAGUGCGCAAAAUGAUGUCCAUGGACUAUGGACCGAAUGCAGGUCACCCAGUGCAAGUACAUCAGGGCCAUAAUCAUAUCCAUAACCAGGUCAUGGCCAAUCAUGGUCAAAUGGGAGUUCAACCAAACCACGACUGCUACGAUGACGAAGAAGAUGACCAGGGUCUCAGAUCCCCACUGAGUGACGAGGAACCCGAAAACGUGGAUGACAUUUCACAACAACAACAACAACAACAACAACAGCAAGGAAACAACAACCCACAAAACACCCAAAAUACGAACAACAACAACUCCCAAAGCGGGAAUGGAAAAAGUAAUUCUUCAGCUAACGACAGAGUGAAACGACCGAUGAAUGCUUUCAUGGUAUGGUCACGAGGGCAGAGAAGAAAAAUGGCACAAGAGAACCCAAAAAUGCACAACUCCGAAAUCAGCAAAAGACUCGGGGCCGAAUGGAAACUUUUAACCGAGGCUGAAAAAAGACCUUUUAUCGACGAGGCUAAACGACUAAGAGCUGUUCAUCUCAAAGAACACCCCGACUACAAGUACAGACCGCGAAGGAAAACGAAGACGUUGAUGAAACGAGACAAAUUCGGCCACGUCGGGUUGCCCGGAAGCAUAAUAGGACCGAACGGCGCUCCCCCGGUGCAGAGAACAGUGGCUCAGGGAAUCGAUCCGUACGCUCAUAUGAACGGAUAUAUGUCAAACGCAGCCGCCGCCCACUACAUGAUGCCGGACCAUCUUGCGAUGCACGCCGCAUACGGGCAACACCCUGGGCUCCCGCCAUCGCCCCCGAACGGACUCGGAAACCCGAAUCAUUUCCAGUCACGGUACGACCAGAUGGCGGCCUCAUUGUACUUGCAACCCCCGAAUGCAGUCUCAGCAGCGCAGGUAGCCGCUUCGAAUUACUCGAACCCAGUUUCAGUUCACGCAGGGUAUGGUUCAAUGUACAAUCAACACGUCGCCUCAAAUAACGCGGCCGCAGCUGCGAUUCAUCACCCCCACCAUAUUCAGCAAGUAUCCCCCGUUUCUCUGAAGUUAGAACACAACUCCCCGACAUCUGCGAACCCCCACCAACAGCAAACAUCGCCGAACGACUGGCAACGAGCGGCAGCGGCGGCCGCAGCAGCGGGUAAGAUGAACUACCCCGGAGCCGAGUUGCGAGAUAUGAUCUCGAUGUACCUUCCGCCCGGCGCCGAUGCCUCCGCCGUGGAUCAACAACGACAGCUUUUGACCGCUCAUUUACAGCAACAACAACAGCAGCAGCAACAACAACAAAAUCAACAACAACAACCUCAGCAUCAUCUGCAACAACAACAACCCGGAAACCCCGCGGCGAGUGCCGCGCAUCACUACAUGCAUCAUAUGAACCCCCACGGCCCGGCGCCUCUGCCGUUGGCGCACAUGUAAAUUGAAAAAUAUCUACUAACAUAUUAAAUCCUGCCAACGCGCCCUGAACCGACGCAAGGAACAACGAACGGCGAAACAGGAUCCGAUUCGGCUUCAAGGUGGACACCACGUGUCGGAGAAGAGCGACGUAGCUUGAAGUCGGCUCGGCAGACGAGGGGUGAUCGGAUUCUGAUCUCGAAGCAGUGCCUCAACUCAAAGAUAAUAAUGCAAUGUAAUAAACUCUGUUGAAAAACUCUUUCUUUCUCCUGCUCAAUUCGAUUAGCCCGCAGUUAUAUCAUUUUUUAAAGAAUUAUUUCAUGGUUUAUGUUUUUAGUUUUCUAUGAUAGAAAA